AUGGCUCGAAUCGGACAGCGACCAGAAAAUGCUCUGAAGCGAGCCAAUGAGUUUAUUGAUGUGGGGAAACCUGCUCGAGCAUUAGACACGCUUUCAGAGGUUUUCCGAAAUAAAAAAUGGGCUUAUACAUGGAGCGAAAGUGUUCUGGAGCCCAUAAUGUUCAAAUAUUUGGACUUAUGUGUGGAACUAAAGAAAUCUGUUGUAGCCAAGGAGGGGCUAUUUCAGUACAGGAAUAUGUUUCAAUCCGUAAAUGUCGGUUCCUUAGAAAAUGUUAUACGAUUUUAUUUGAAAACGGCUGAGGAGAGAACUGAAAUAGCGAGAAACCAAAGCCAGCAAGCUGUUGUCGACAUUGAAAUAGAUGAUUUAGAUAAUUUAGCCACUCCAGAAAGCAUUCUUUUAAGUGCUGUAUGUGGAGAGGAUGCUCAAGAUCGUAGUGACAGAACCAUCUUAACUCCUUGGGUAAAAUUUUUAUGGGAAUCCUAUUGUCAAUGUCUGGAGCUCUUAAGAACUAAUGUGCAUGUGGAAACAUUAUACCACGAUAUAGCAAGAAUGACUUUCCAAUUUUGUUUAAAAUACAAUAGAAAAACAGAAUUUAGAAAAUUGUGUGAUAAAUUAAGAAAACAUUUGGAAGAUAUUGGAAAAUUAGCACCUCAAGUUGCCAAUGUUUCUAUUUCAAAACCGGAAACUCAACAAUUGAAUUUGGAAACUCGAUUGUAUCAAUUGGAAUAUGCCAUUCAAAUGGAAUUAUGGCAGGAAGCUUAUAAAGCUAUUGAAGACAUUCAUAAUCUAAUGAGUUUGUCCAAAAAAUCUCCCAUGCCAAAAACGAUGGCUAAUUACUAUCAAAAAUUGGCAUUGGUAUUUUGGAAAGCUGGUAACUAUCUUUUUCACGCAGCAGCCCUAUUCAAGCUUUUUCAAUUAAGUAAAGAAAUGAAGAAGAACAUGUCGGCUGAGGAAUUACAAAGGAUGGCCUGUCGUGUAUUAUUGGCAACGCUUUCCAUUCCUUUACCUUCUGCUCAUCCAGAGUUCGAUAGAUUCAUUGAAACGGAUCGGUCACCUUUGGAAAAAGUUCAAAGAUUGGCUACGCUUUUGGGAUUAUCACAACCCCCCACCCGGGCCUCACUUCUUAAAGACAUUAUUAGAGUGAACGUAGUAAAUCUGGCAUCUAAACAGCUUCAAGAUUUAUAUUCUUGGUUGGAAGUCGAAUUUCAUCCUUUGCUUUUAUGCGAAAGAGUUCAAACGGUUAUUGAAGUACUUCAAAGUGAAGAAAGUUCUUCUCUUCAACAAUACAUACCAGCUCUUCAGGAUGUAACUUUAGUCCGUCUUAUUAAGCAGGUGGCUCAAGUUUAUCAGACAAUCGAGUUAUCAAGAAUGAUGCAACUUGCUAAAUUCACAGAUGCCUUUCAUUUGGAAAGACUGCUUGUUGAUUGCGUACGCCAUAAUGAUAUGCAGAUAAGAAUCGAUCACGGAGCCAAAUGUAUUAGAUUCGGAAUAGAUUUGAGCGAAGCUCAAAGGGAAGAUAAACCGGAGGGUCCUACCCUUCAGUGCAUGCCCUCGGAACAAGUUCGUAAUCAGUUGGUCAAUAUGGCGGCAGUUCUUCACAAAGCUAUGGCAACGAUAAAUCCUAAUAAAAAGAAGUUGGAAAGAGAAAAACUUCGAGCUAAAAUGGUUCAACAAUAUCACGAAUCUAAAAUUUCAGAACACGAAAGAAUUCUCAAGCGCCAUAAAAUUAUCGAAGAUAGAAAGGAGUAUAUAGAAAGGAAAAACACGCAGAGGGAGGAAGAAGAAAUGCGGCGUCAAGAACACAUUCAACGUCAAUUAUUACUUCAGGAACAAAAGAGACUUGAAGCGGAGAGAGAGGAACGAGAAAGAAGAAGACAAGAAAACGAAAUCCAACAAAUCCGCGACAGACACUUGAAAGAAAGAAUGCAAGCCAUUUCCCAAACGGCACACGGUCAAAAAAUAUUGAAAAAACUUGACGAAGAUGACAUGAAAAAAUUAGAUGCUGAGCAAAUAGCUGCAAAAGAACAAGAAGAAAUACAAAAAGAAAAGAGGGAAAUGCAGCAAAAAUUGAAAACUCAAGAGAAGAGAGUUGAUUAUUUCGAAAGAGCAAAACGUUUGGAAGAAAUUCCCUUGUUAGAAAAGGCCUUUGAAGAAAAACAGGUUCAAGAUAAAGCUUUGUGGGAACAAAGGGAAAAAGAAAGAAUUGAAAAGUUGAUUGAAGAUCGCGAAUUGGCCGUCAAAUGUGCGGAAAGAUUAAAAAGGAUGGCCGAUGACAAAAACGCAUUCUUGGAAAAACUUAAAUCCGAGAGGAAAAACGUUUAUUUGGAAAAGCUCAAAGAUUUUGAAAAACGUUUGGAUGAGGAAAGGAAGAAACGUUUGGCCGAACGUCGGCAACGUCGUAAAGAAGAAAGACGUGAAAAACAAGCAGCAGCUGAGAAGAAGAGAUUGGAAGAAGAAGAGAGAAGGAAACAACGUGAGGAAGAGGAAAAACAAGAAAAGUUGAGAAAAAUGCGUGAGGAUGAAUUGUACAGGAAAGAAAAAGAAAAGAAAGAUCAUCAAGCAGAAAUACAAAGAGCCAGGGAAGAAGAAGCAGAGCGGAAAAGAUUGGAAGAAGAGAAAAAAUUUAAAGAUUACGAACCUUGGAGAAGUGAAAAGGAACCGAGGUUCAGAGAUGAUAGAAGGGAUCGAGAUCCAGACAGGAAUAGAGACAGAGAACGGGAGCGAGAUCGUGAUCGUGACCGUGACCGUGAUCGAGACCGCGACCGCGAUCGAGACCGUGAUCGUGAUCGUGACAAAGAUAGAGAUAGAGAUGACGGAAACGAUGAUAUGAAUUGGAGAAGGGGUGGAGGACCUCUUAAGGAUGAGCCUAAAAAGGUUGAAUCGUGGAGGCCACCAGCUCUUCGUAAUCGCGGGGCAGAAAACCGAAAUAUGGAUAGAGAGUCGAAACCGGCUGAUAUUUCUGAAAAUUGGAGAUCUGGAUCACGAGCUGAGCCUUCUGAUAGAUUUAAUCGCGAUAGAAUGAGGGAUAGAGACAGGGACAGAGACAGAGAUAGAGAUUGGGAUCGCGAUCGUGACAGAGAUCGUGACAGGGAUCGCGAUCGGGAUAGAGACCGUGAUAGAGAUCGCGAUCGCGAUAGGGAUCGUGAUAGAGAUCGUAAUAGGAAUGGAAGGGAUUCGGGGCCACCGAUGAGUUGGAGAAACAAGGAGGGCCCUGAUAGAGGAGACAGAGACCGUGAUUGGGAUAGAGACAGGGAUAGAGAUCGUGAUCGUGAUCGCGACAGAGAGCGUGAUCGGGACCGAGACCGAGAUAGGGACAGAGAGAUAGGCAGAGAACGCGACCGCGACCGCGAUCGUGAUCGUGACCGUGGAGGAGAGAGAGGACCAAUGCGUAGAGAUGAUCACAUGAGACACGAUCGACGAGACGAUUGGCGUAGUUCGGCCAGAGACGAGCCCAGAGGAACUCCAACAAAAUCAAGAGAUGGAGGAGGAUAUAAAGAUGAUUCGAGAGGGAUGGGAAGAGACGGUCCAAGAGAUCAUUCUCAAAGAGAAGAAAAAAAAGGUGGUGAGUAG